UAGAGAGGUAUGAAGUACAAUCAGAGGACAUCUUACGAGACCUCUGGGUGUAUUAUCACAAUCCAGCUAUGACAGAGGAACGGCUACUUCGUGCUACUGAAGCAGGGUGUGAAAGGCCUAAGCUAUGGAUGUGCCGCUGCCCAGAUUAUAUAUUUGAAAGGACAUGUGAAAGAUACCAGUCCCAAAAAGAACUGCUAGGAGAGAAGAGUGUAAUGGAAUAUCUUGCAGAGCGUCUGGAAUGUGAACCAGAGUUCAUUGUAAAUUAUGCACGUGGCAACCCAGGAUUGAUGCGCGCGCAUGUGUCAAAAUUGAAGAGCCAGAUUGACCUUCUCUUCUCUGAGGGUUUUACACCCAAACAGAUCAGGGCCUCCAUGCGUAUCUUAUUGUAUGCGGAGAAAAGAACUGCAGAGAGAAUAAAGAAGCUGAAAGAAAUUGGUUACUUCCCAUCAUCUGUUACUGUUCUUUACAAGACUCCAAAACAAUUUGAGAGCUAUUAUCAGUCACUUCUUCAGAAAUCAAAAGCUCUAAAUAAAUAAUGUAAAUAUUAUAUACCUAUUUAAAACAAUCAUAGUUGAAAAUAAAUAUUUUAUAAA